GUACGAAUGAGGCAGAGAGAAGGAGCGACCGAGAGCGGCAGAGGCUCCAUUACCAGACACAAACCGACAGGAAAUCGGACCGAACAAAUUCACAAAUAUUGAAAGAAAAUAAGAAGACAGGCAGGUCAAAAGGAACUAGGAGCUGUUCAUUUUCUAUGACAAGAGGAGGUCAAUUGCAGAUUUUAGAGACAGCUCCUUCAUCCAAUCCAAGGAGAAACCGUGUGUCUCGGUCAAAGCUAUGUCCGCUCUCUAUCUGUCAAAGGUGGCACCUCAGGAUUCAACACGCAGCCUUUUAAAACCGGCACAAGGUCAGUCAUCUGAAUCUGGGAGAAGAAUCAAACUAACCAAGAUGGCUGAAGAAUCCCAACAAAGAAAAGAUGACCUCCCUCCACCUCCUUCAGCCAGACAUCAUUCUGGACCAGAAGACAUCUCUGGGACACAUUCCCCACAGUCCGUGCCAUCCCAACUUUCCAAAGAAAAGCUAUACCAACAGCGGCAGAAAUGUGAGCUGAGAAGGCUUCUGAAGCACACUCACCCAGAGCUGAAGAUGUUAGAUGAAGUUGUGGAUGAGGAGCUUGCUGAAGUUUUGAGCUCAGAGACUGGGGUGACAGCUGGUGAAACUGGAUACGAGGGAGAGGUCCUUUCAAGACGCUUGAUAUUUGAGAACUGUGCCCUGAGUAACAGAGUAUCUCCUUACAUACCCAAGAUGCACAAGGCAGAGGGAACAGUGGGAAGAGGCGAUGCCAGUAAAACAUCAGCUGUGUUUGAGAAGCAUGACGGAAGGCCAUGUAAUGAAAGUGAUAAAGGGAUCGUGGUGGAUGACAAAAUGCUUGGGUCUGGUCCAGAUCCUAACAGAGAGUGUGAGGAGGAGAUGAUAAGAAUAGAUGUUCAGGCUACCAGAAGGCUAUUUGAGAGUCAAUCUGUGAACACAUCGACACCAAAUCCAGAUAAUAAGUUCCAGGGGAAAGUUUCUAUUUAUGGGGAUGAGACAGGGGCAGUUCAAAAACGAAAACAGGAGUUUGUAAUGUGUAGCAAAGAGAAUUUACACAGUGAAAACAAACGCAAUGCAUGUACCAAAAGUCUUGAUUUUACCAAUCAGCCAGAUAAACAAGGCCCAUGUGUCCAUAAAAUUGGUCAAAGUACUGACGAUGAGUUUUCUAGUAGGGAAGAGAUUUCUACUUGUGAAACAGUCUUUGAGGGUGAGCCUACAAGCCUUCCUGAUCCAGAAGAAUACAGAGAAAUAGUUAAAACGAGUGCAGCUCUUUUCCAAAACAACCCAUUUAUCCCAACAAACAUAGAAAGAGAGGAUUCCUUUCUGCAUAAAUCCCAAAGCCCAGCAGGAGACAGUGGGUCAGCUCAGGACUAUCUGAUAGCUAAUGUCAAGAACAGAGCCCACUUGUUUGAAUCAAUGCCAUUUGACCAAAUUAGGCAUCAGAACAAGGAUGAAAUUGAGACGAUGGUGGAGAACAUCAAGGAAACACUGAAUUCCCUUCAUCAUGCCAAUAUUGUACAUUCAGAUGGCUCAAUUAUUGAAGUAAAUGAGACAAUGAUAGCCAAAAAGGCCAAAUUCAUACUAUCAGAGAGUGGGCCUAAGAUAAAAUAUGACGAGGUGGCUGAAGGUGGUGCACAAAACUUCAUACUCCAGUUGCUACCACGGGCAAACCUAAAGCCUCAGAUCACUUACCUAAAGGAGGGUAGUAAAGGAAGUAUGGAGGCCACAGUAGUGAAUGUACCCCUGCACCAGCAUCACUUCCCUUCCAACCAAGACGCAGAGUUUAAAACUGCAAAUGUGGUUCAGGUUGUUGAGGAUAUUCUCAAUCAAGAUAACUCUUUGCGGAAAGGAGUGGUUAUCCAGGAGGAUGCGGACAGAUGUGCUGAAGUCAUUGUUUACGCCCUCUACAAUUAUUUUGAUAACGAAGAUGUGAAAAGUUAUUGUCGUCCACAAGGUGCAGAGUAUGAUGAACCAGAGCCAGAAAGAGCUGAUGUGAGCAAAACAGACAAUCAAGAACUAAGAAAGGGAAUUAUUGAAUCAACCAUAAAUUGCCUUUUAGAAACUCCCAAAGAUCAAACGUGCCAAGGAUCCAUGAGGCCUGAAAUCACAGUAAAAGGGAAUGUAAAACUGUUCAAGAGUUGUAUUGAAAAGGGAGAUUUGGAGUAUUUGAAAACACUUCAGGCUGAGCCAACAGCGCAAGAACAAGAACUCCCUUCUAACCAAAAUAUGGCUGGACAAGAAAUGGAGCUUCAUCGUGAACAGAGAGGUGAUCAAGCAGAGGAGAUUUCAGAAUGGGUCCCAGUGGAUGUAAAGAAACUGAAAAACAGGUUUUCUGGAGAUCAAAGACCAGCCCAACCAAAGCAACAUGUAUAUGAAAAUCUUGCCCAAUCCACUUCCAUUUCUUGUGCAUUCACAGGUCAAAAUGUGCCACUUGGAAAGAGCCAGUCUUCUACAGAAUGUAUUCAUGGGCAAGUAAAGAAUAACUUUAGGGAGUGUGGUGGUAAAACACCAGAAGAAGUAUGUAACUCUACAGUUGCACCACUCACCUCCUCCACUCAAGGAUCAUACCUGCAUCUUGAGACACAGGACGAUGGCUUGGUCAACCAGGUCAAAUUAGUCAAGGUGGUAGAUGACAAUGACGAGAUCUCUAACCUCCAAACUGCAAUACAUAGCCUCCAACAGGCCACAAUCGAGUCCAAAUCUUUGCAUCACUCAUCACAAGAAAAACAUGAAUACCUUGUUCAAGAACCCGUUGUCUUAGUUAAAGCAGGUAAUGUCAAACAAACAGAAGCAGAAUUAUCUCAAGAAAGAGAGGACCAAAAAGAGGACACAUGCACUGAGUCAACAUGGGAUGAGCUCCCAUCAACUUCCAACAUCACCUCCGAACGUAAAUCAGACCGCCAACACGAGAGUACAGAGGCAUGCUGUAAAGACACUAAUUCUGAAGAAGUACAAACUACCGAGGCAUGCAGGAAAAGGGUUCAAAAAGGCAUAGAGGUGGUCGAGAAACAACAUGUUCAAGCUGAUAUGGUGUCUGCACAUAGUCCAGAAACAACCAAUACACAGCAAGAGGAUGAGGAAGUUGAUUUUCAGGGUAAACUUCAAGCAGCUUUGGAUUCCCUGGAGAGAUCAAACAUCAAUGUCAGUAGAGGAGAUUUCAAAGCAGCUAUGAUAUACAGAAACGCGUCCAAACCUAACAAAAAAAGAUCACAAAAUGUGGAUGCAUUGUCUGCUCAAAAGCCCACUAAGGAGGAGUUUUGCCUUGUGACUGAACCUAAAUCAACUCAAGCAACACUGGCACAAGAGGUCUCCAAAGAACAAGUGACAGCAGCAAAUGUAGAGCCCCCAAGCCAAAGUGGAGCUCCAAAUAAACCAGCUUUAAGUGCUGUCUCAGAGAAAAUCAGAAGGCCUGUUGGUCCAAAACCUGCCAUCCCACCUAAACCUGAGCAUUUGAAAGUGAAACAAAGAGACAUUCAAUCAACCAACACAACAAAUCCUGAGGCAUCCCAAAUUAAUACUGUGAGACCUGAAGACACAGUUCAUCAACUAUUGCCAAUGAGAUCAAUGUCACUUAAGGAUGAACAUAAGCAAGGCCUGUUCAAAAUUAACACUGGUGUAGACUCAGGGCCUGAUACAGUGGAUCAUCAAAGAAAUAAGCUUUUUGAUGAAGCUAUACAGAUGACUCAGGAAACUGAAGUAAGGCAUCAAGUCCAAGGUUCAGUCAUCACCUUGGAAAGUGAUAUUACAGAUAAGAAUAUCAUUAAGCGACAACAGGAUAUAAAUACCACAGCACAAGAGAAAAGCCGCCAGGUUUUCCCCAUUGAAGAGAAUGUGAAUGAAACAGAUGAAAGCCAUGUAGAUUUUCAUGAAGCAUGUAAGAAAUUUGGAGGUAAAAAGGCAAUUUCAGCAAAGAAUGCUCCUGUAAAGCCAAAAAGGGUAAAAAUUGCCCAGUCUGACAUCAAAAACCUAAAACACAUGUCUAAAGAUAAUUCUGAAAUUCUCACACAUGUGGUUGAGGAUCCACGACAAACUCUAACUGGACCAUCAUGCAAUAACCCAAACGCCUGUGGAUAUAAUGCUGACAGCAAAGACGAGCACAAGAAAGAAAUGAAACAAGAAAGCAAAGUCGAGAUGAGGGAAAAGAAAGGACGAACCGAGACAGAGGACGAACGCCGACAGCGGCUGUCAGUUCACAUGGAUGAGAUCAUGAGAGGGAACAUAACAGCAGCCAUGGAAAUUUGUGACAACUUGCGAAAGCAGGAGGAACUGAAGAGCAUUCUCAGUCGAGUUGAAGAAAUUGAACAGGACACGAGUGAGGUUGAUGUCCGGUCUCUGAGGGGAGUUUUUGAGAAUGUUCCUGACUGGGUUGUCAGCUCACACAAAAAGAAACAAAAAAAGGCAAAAGUAGAAAACAAAGAAAAGAGGAUGCCAUUAACGAAAGACAACACUGAAAGCAAGUCCCCAAUGGCACAUGUUUUUGGAGAUCUUGAGCGAGCCAGUGAGGAAAUCAUGAAUCUAAAAGAACAGACAUUAGCCAGGCUUAUGGACAUAGAGGAAGCCAUAAAGAAGGCUCUUUAUUCUGUCUCUACCUUGAAAUCUGACUCAGAUAUUGCUGGUUUGUCAUGCCUGUUCAAAGAGUCAUUAGGGACAGAGCAAGGAUCCCUAUCCUCUGGUAGUAUUAGCAAAAUUAGCAUCGAGUCCAGCAGAACAAAAUCACUGCAGACACAUGAAAGCCCCACAGCACAGGGAAACACGGCUCGACCAGUUAGUGCAAUAAUUGAAGUAGCCCCUGCAAAACGAGCAAGUCCUCCAUCUUCACCUGCCUUCAUCUCCAUCCAGUCGGCUGCUAGAAAGACAAAUAACACAGAGGUGCUUCCACCAGAGACCACAAUCUGCCCGACAUGUCAGCACAUCCCAAAGACAGAGGAGAAAUUCCGGACAACUAAAACCCUGAUAUGCAACAGUCCAGCUCAAAAUAGGAAAAGGGACCCCAGAAUAGGAGGUAAUAAACAAUCCUCUUACAACCCUAAACAAGAGCUCAGUAUACUCGAGGUGCAGACUGACCGUGAGGGGAACAGUGUCAUGGGCACCAAAACAGUCACAGAGAACUGCGAGAGGACUGAUCAUUUUGGAAACCGGAUUUACUCUUCCAAAACCUCCACUGUUGUCCCUGGUCAGCCAGAAACUACAACAUCCACAAAUCAGGCAGCGGUCAGUCCAGCUACGCACCAGAUCACCAAGUACCCAGAUGUUCAGCUGCCGAUAAAUCAGAAACCUUAAAUCAUUCAAACAGGUGUAGUGUGUUACCUAUUAGCUAAGUGUUUUCAUAUAUUUUAUGACAAAGUUCUUAUGUACAUAAUUUUACUUGUGAAGAUAUAAAUUAUGUUGAUUUAUUAUUGCUUGUUUGUUUAUGUAUUUAUAAGAGGUCAUUAUUGGUUUAAGAUUUUCUUCUUGAUGUUUGAGGAUUUAUUUGUAGCUUGCAUUCUUUAAAACUGUUUUUGAUUUGCAUUUAAAAUUAAAGAAGUGUUAUUGGUUUUCAUUUAA